UCCCGUAAUUUUAGAUUUUUUAACACUAAAACGCCGUCCUACUUUUUUCGAGACAAAAGUGCGUUAUGAGUGUUCAAAGCCGUUGAGAUAGCGGCACAGUAAGGGUUAAGAAACGGUGACACACAUUUGAGAAGGUUUCGUUGCCGUGGUGAUUGUUUUUAAGGGGCGUGUGCUGUUAUCUGCUGACUGUGAAUGGAUUCAUCAUCAGUGCUCAGAAUAAAAGCGAACGAGCUCGGAGGAGAAACGAAACCGAUCUGACACGACAACAUGAGCGAGAUUCAACGCGAGAAACCCGCUGGAGCUCAUCUGAAGCGCUCGCUGAUCGAGCUGAUCAUGUGUUUGAUGAGGCCGAUCGCGCGAGUCUUCCCGUGGCUCUUCCGGUGGAUCUCGAGCGGUAACAUCAUGAUACGCGAUGAUGAAGAGACGCCCGUGUUUUUUGACCUGGAGACCACCGGACUAGACACGUCUGCGUGUGAUAUCGUGCAGCUGUCGGCCAUCAGCGGGGACCGGAGGUUUAACGUGUAUAUGCUGCCGCGCUGCUUGAUGACGGACGGCGCGUCUCGAGUCACAAGUCUGACUGUAAACGGCCCCGAUCUGCUCUUCAAACGCCGUCCAGUACAGACCGUCCCUCACAGACGGGCUCUGAGCGACUUCAUCUGCUUCCUCAAGACCCUCCACAGGCCCUUUCUGGUGGGACACAACAGCAAGCGCUUCGACUGGCCCGUCCUGACCCGCGUCCUGGCCCAGUUUGAACUGCUGGAGGAGUUUGAGAGCACGGUGUCCGGAUGCGUCGACACGCUGCCGCUGAGCCGGGAGAUGUUCCAGCUGCCCAAAUACUCGCAGCAGUUCCUCGUCCAGCACUUUCUGCAGGAUUCAUACGGCGCUCACGACGCCAGCGAAGACGUCCGGACCCUGCAGGACCUCUACAGAGUCUGGGAUCCUUCUGAGGAGCUCGUGAAGAAGCACAAAAUCAGCCUGUGAUGCACAGCUGCAGCUCACUGCUUCUGUGCUUGUACAAGAAUUAUCAAGUUGCACUGAACUGAGGGAUUCAGAGAUAUUCAAUAUUUUAUAUGUACGGUCAAACCAAAAAUUAUUCAGACACCAGAUAUUUUUUUUUACUAGUGGGUGCAGGACACUAUUUUGCUAUCCUUCCUUACAUAAACUAUAAAGUAAACUGUGACAUAUUAUACCCCAAAAAUUCUUCAUACAGUGGACUACCAGUAAAAAUUAUUCGGACGAUGAGCAUGUUUUUCUUUAAUUGCUAAUGCAAUCUUUUUCCAUCACAGACUGAACAAAAUGAAGCAUCUCUUGGUAAUUGAUUGAGCUAAACUUGUUCUUAAAUUUAACAGCUGACAGCCAUUCAACCAAAUUCAUUACAUACCUUUCUAUCAAAGUUAUCUGACGUUAUCAAGAUCAGUAUGUUCUGACACAGUUCAUAUUUUAUUACCAUUUUCUAAACUAUAGAGAAUAAUCUGUGAUAAUGUGGGAAAUGUUGAAGGUGUCUGAAUAAUGAUUGGUUUGAAUUUAUAUAUUAGUGCCUUAUAGUGGAUGCAAUCAUUUUACAAUGAAAACAUUUUUUUUUGGCUGAUGCAACUCCAUAACGGUUCAUAUCAAUUUCAUCUAAUACAUUUUUUUUUUCCUGAAGAUCUCAAAAGUACUGAAUAUGCAGCGGUGCAAUAUGUGUUUUCUAGUGCAAUGUUUACAUUAUUUUCUGAGUUCACUGACAAAGCCGUCUGUAAAUUAUGGCACAAUAUUAAAAAAAACUAUUUUAAGA